AUGAUGAUGAUUUCGGGCAACCGCAACAAUGUAGGACCUUUCGGCGACACCACGCUGACCAAAGUCUUUGUCGGAGGAUUGGCUUGGGAGACUCCUAAUGACGCCCUCAGAGACCACUUCUACACCUACGGCGACAUCUUAGAAGCCGUCAUAAUCUCCGAUAAAACCACCGGUCGAUCCAAAGGCUACGGAUUCGUGACUUUUAAGGACCCAGAGUCGGCUAAAAAGGCUUGCGAAGAUCCGGCGCCGGUGAUCAACGGCCGUCGUGCAAACUGCAAUCUGGCUUCUCUCGGUGCUCGCCGGCAAAGAUCACUAUCUGUUGCUCCGCCGCAUCAAAAUGGACCUAAUGUGAACGUGGGGCCGAGAUCCGCCGGGACUGUGACGCCACCUCCACCGCCACCGCCUCCUCCUGGUCACGUGCAGUGGUACUAUCCACCUACGCCGUCGCCGUUCAUUCACCGGCACCAUCAUCAAAGCACCGUGCCGUACUACGGUUAUGGCCCGGCGACGUAUAAUGUCGGUUACAAUCAUAAAAUAGGAUAUAUGGGUGGGGCCUACACGCACGUGUAUCCGGGUCAGGCUAUGGUGGGUGCAAAUGCAUUGGUAGCCAUGUACCCUCUCCAUCACUACAAUCAAGGUGCUGCUGGUGGGCCAUAUUAUGGGCCUGUGUCUAUUCCUGCUAUUCUUUCGAAGCCCAAAAGAAUUACUCCAACUCCAGUUUGUGUGGCUGUGGAAUAGGUACAGUUGUGAACAGACGAGAAGAUUAAUUGAACAAGGAAGGUCGAAA